UUCUCCCGCAUGCGACAGCCAGCCGUCUCAGAGCGCACGCUGCCUCCGGUCGGAGUCCACAGGAGAACGGCGGUGAGGUAAAGAGGCAUCACCGUGUAGAGACUCAGCGGGGACUGACUCUCCCACAGCAGGAGGGGGUGUGCUUGUAAGAGAAGAAGGUGUCUCUGCUCUAUUCACUACUCACUGGAGCCAUGUGGAUGCUAGGUCCUGUGCUGCUCCUGUCCUAUCUGGGCAGGGGGCUGACAGGGCCCUGGAGACCCUCUCAACCACGUCUGCAAUUCAGCCACUCAGAGCUGGUGAAAAAUGGCCGCCUGCUCACGCUGCCCUUGCUGGCUGGGGAUCUGUACUCCCUGCUUCCGGACGAAGAUCAACAACAGCUUUACGUGGCCAUGAAGGACCGUCUGUUGGCCACAAGCUUGGAGGACAUCACACAAAGCCCCCGCAUGCUGCGCUGGCCUGCCAGUUCGGAUCGGAUUCAGGAAUGUCUGAUGGCCGGGAAGGAUUCUGCGCUGGAGUGUGCAAACUUCCUACGUGUGCUACAACCCUAUAAUCACACCCACCUGUAUGUCUGCGGCACGGGGGCCUUCAACCCGCGAUGUGCUUUUAUCCCCACAGAGGUGUUCCUCAAGGGUGAGGGAGAGGUGACCUCAGAGCAGACGGAGUGCGGGAAAGGGAAGUGUCCUUAUGAUCCACAUCAGAGAACCGCAUCAGCCAUUAUAGAUGCGGAGCUGUACGCCGGUAUCACCUCUGACUUCAUGAGCCGGGACUCCGCCUUUUUCCGCACCUUGGGCAGCCGUCACGUGAUCCGCACCGAGCAGUACGACACCACCUGGCUUCAGGAUGCCCAGUUUGUGAAAGUAGCCACCGUGCCGGAGAGCGACAACCCAGAGGACGACAAGGUCUACCUGUUCUUCACUGAGUGCGCCCAGGAGGCCGAAGGAGCUCCUGGGAGGGUGAUCUACUCCAGAGUGGCACGAGUUUGCAAGAAUGACAUUGGCGGUCAGCGCAGCCUUGUGAACAAGUGGAGCACCUUCCUCAAGACCCGCAUGGUGUGCUCCAUCCCAGGGGACGAUGGCAUUCACACGUACUUCGACCAGCUACAGGACAUCUUCCUCCUGCAUGGGAAGGACAAGACUGACCCUCUCAUCUAUGGGCUUUUCACCACAAGCAGCAACGUGCUGAAUGGCUCAGCGGUGUGCGUGUACCAGAUGCAGGACAUCAUCCGGGCCUUCAAGGGUCGCUUCUCCCACAAGGAGGGGCCACAGUUCAAGUGGGCGGAGUUCACGGGCAAGGUGCCUUUCCCCCGUCCCGGCACUUGUCCCAGCAGCACGUAUGGCAACCACGUCUCCACCCGCGAGUACCCCGACGAUGUCAUUUUCUUCAGCCGCACCCACCCGCUCAUGCUGGAGGAGGUGUACCCCCUGGGAGGGCGCCCCCUACUGGUACGGGUUGGCGUGCCCUACAAGCUUACCCGGCUGCUGGUGGACCGCGUUGAGGCGGUGGACGCUCAGUACAACGUUCUAUUCGUCGGCACGGACUCAGGUGAGGUGUUGAAGUCCAUUCACCUUCCCCGAGAACAAGGAGUCCAAGAGGUGACCCUGGAGCAGCUGCAGGUCUUUAAGGGUAGAUCACCCAUCACUGCUAUGACCCUGUCCAAGACACAGCAAUGGCUCUUCGUGGGCUCUGCGGAGGGAUUGGCGCAGCUGGCUCUGUUCCAGUGCGAGCUCUACGGCCAGGCCUGUGCCGAGUGCUGCCUCGCCAGGGACCCGUACUGUACCUGGGACGGGCACGCCUGCAGUCCGUACAUGCCAGUGUCACGCAGGAGAAACACCCGACAGGUGGGCGAUGCUGGCGAUCCGCUGACCGAGUGCGUCAGACAAGGAGCGGGACUCCAGGUGGAGACAGAGGAGAGGCAGAUGGUGGUCGCCAAGGGAAACGGCACUUAUCUGGAGUGCCUGCCCAAGUCUCAGCACGCAACUGUGACCUGGUACAAAGAGGCUGGAGGCAACAGCCACGAGCUGAGCCAGGUGGCGUCUGGGGAGCAGCUGGUGGUGAUCGAGCGGGGAGUCCUGAUCCGGCGGGCAGAGUCGGCCCACUCGGGCACCUACCACUGCCAGCUGGAGGAACAUGGCUUCCACUGGACCGCCGUCACCGUCAAACUGAGCGUCCUGAGCCCAGCCUCCGUCCAGCUGCCCUUCCAGGAAGCCCUAACGCUCGGGCAGCGCUGCGCUCAGCUAGCCGGGAACACCUACGGUGACCACGGGGGUCACAAACGAGGAGGCGGCGGCAAGGGCGGGGGUGGAGGCCAGAAGAAAAGGAACCAGGGCAAAGGAGGAGGCAGAGGGGGAGGGAGGAAGAGCCGCAGCAGAGCUCACACCCCUGGUCCACGAUCCCCCCGCAGCAUCUAGGGACAGCUGCCCACACACCCCCCAACGCUCCCUUUGUCUUAGAGUCUAACGCACAGACCCAGAGUGGAAAACAGCUACAUUCUCUCUUUAGAGACACAAAUGCACUUCUUCAAAAAAUAUUUAUUAUGGGCACAUUAUUAUGCAGCUUCCCCCAGGAGGACGACGGGCCGUGCCAGUUGGCGCUGUAGCGACUGGCAAGGUGCAUUCAGAGGAGAACAGGGGCAAAACUGUCACCCAAAUAUUGUGGAGGCACAAUGCGAGUGACUCAGAAAAGCAGCCGUGCGUUACAGCACAACAGCAGAAGCUGUCUCUUUGACUGGUCAUGCCAAUGAAGCAAAGAAUCAUGGGAUAUGUUUGAAGGACCAACCAUGUACUGUCUUUGAAUCACUGGUGUGUUCCUGACAGACUCUUCAAACAGCAUGAGAGCUGUGGAGAAAAGACACUAAAUCUUGCAUUUAUUUAUCUUAAUAUAAGAAUGUAUGAAUCUCGUUUUCUGUUCAGCUUUUAUGUGUGAUCCUUUGUCAACCCUAUUAUGUCCAGUAACUUAGCAAAUAUCUUUCCAUCUGCUAAUUGCUCAUCCUGGUUAAUGUUGCAAGCAGCCUAUUCCAGGCAGCAUAGGGCACAAGGCAGGGGUAUCCCCUGGAGGUGAUACUGGGCCAUCGCAGGAGAGACACCAAUUAGCCUACUGCGUGUGUUUGGACUACAGGAGGCAAUCAGAUGACACGGGGAGAACAUGCACACUCCAAACACACAGUGUCAGGAAAUCAUGCUUCACACCUAGCCGCCAUGUUGCCCUUACUGAACCAAUAUACAAAUUCUCAUUCGUAAAGUAAAGAUAUAUUUAUAUGGAAAGCAUUCAGUGAUAAUCAGGGGCUGAAUCCAGGUCGGAGAUUGAACCCUGAAUUGGCUAGAAAUUGUUCUCAUUUCGUCAAACUGAACCUAGAUGAAAGUAAAUGUAUUGAAAGUAAGCUAAUUUUGAAAAAAAACUGACGUUAUAAAUCGUCACUGAAGGAGUAAUAAAAAAAAUUCACCGUAAGAAUAAUUUGCACACUGAGAAGCUUAUACUCUGCAAUGAAUUGUGUACAGCAGUUGACCGGCAGUGAGUUGUUUUUGUCUGUAUGAAUUGGAGGAUUUACUGAUGAUUCUCGGCAAAUGACUGCAUAGUGAGGAUUUAGGGAAGACUGUGUGAUUUGGGACUAAAGGGAGCUUUGGGUAUCUAUGUUGGAGUUUGCUGGAGCUGUCAAGGUAGAAAUCUGUGUUAUUCACAUUGGUAUGUCAGGGUUCAGCGCCACACGUAUGCUGACAUACAGCGAGUAUUAUGUUAACAAUCUUACGGAUUGUGAAAAACAACGAUAAUGUUACUUUUGCUUAGCCUUUUACAUGUUUCCAAGACAACCUACCAUUGUGUACAUUUCAGAAACAGUCUGUUUCAUCCUUUGCCUCCCACCAGUCUAUUCAACAUUUCCAAAUGUGUUACGACAGCUCUGUCCUACAUGCUGAUGGCUAGUUGAAUGGAAUUGUGCUACAUUAUUCAGAUUUGUGAGGAAUAUUGUGUUUUCACUCAUCCUCUCUUGCUUUCCAUGCUGGUGUCGUUGCCUCCCUCCCCCCAUUCCUCCCAAAAAAUAAUCACCCAAAGAUGCUUAGACAGAUUAGCCUAUUAGCCUGGUAUCUCCAGGGGUGUGGCCACAGACAAUUUGCCCACCUGUUGGCUCAUCAAACCCCCACCCCCAAUCAACAGCCUUUACCUUUCCCAACCCCUCCUGCCAAUCCCGGUUCUCAGGUUUGUUCUGGCACAGGCACACACAUACAGGUGAGAGAAAGUUUUUUUGGGGUCUCAUUGCAGGGUCGGCUAUCGACCAGCACCCCUGGGGCACUUUGCUGGCCACAGGAUUUCAAUCGGAGACCUUCCGAUCGCGGGCACAUUCUAACCCACAGAGUCUGUAUUUUAAGUAGCGUUUGGAUGCUUUCAGUCUGGAACACAAACCAAAUGAUCAACAACUUGUCUUGAGAGUGGAGCCAUUUUUUCUUUUGUUGUUUGAAAUUUUGUUGCAACUCAUUUGGGAGAUAAAGGUAUAGAACAGAAAUAAGAUAUGUGAUUUUUUUUUUAACUUCAUUAAAUGAAGUGUUCAUUGUGAUGUCAAGGACAACGUCUGUGUGCAGAGAGUUUUCUUAAACAUAUGCAGGUGACAGAAAGAAGGAUGGACAUUGUCAGCGUAUGGCUGCUUUAAUCAGCAUCCUAGGGCUACUUGUGUUUAUAUUUAGUAUGCCCGUGGUGUGUGUGUGUGUGUGUGUGUGUGUGUGUGAGCGGGUUUACCUAUCCUUAUGGGGACAUAAUGUCCCCAUAACGUGACAA